AAUAACACUUAGUUGAGGUAUCAAAAUGACAAAAAGAGGCAAAUUUAGAGGGCUGCAUAUGCAUUAAGCCUUUUUGUUUUAACUAAAUUGACCGUACGCUGUCUGUAGUAGAAGGGAUAAAUCUAUUGUCGUGUGUGUACAUAGUAAUCCUGUUUGACAAUCGAAGGUAGAAAUGGGGUAAAUUAUUGGGAACAGAACCUCCAUUAUUAUUAUCAUCCAACAGGGAGGCCACGCUAUAAGCAACAAUGAUGACAAGAACUAAGAAAAUGCCAAUUGCCAUGUUUAGGAUGUUCGUGCACUUGGAAGCAUUUCUUGAACUACAAAGAAAAUAUCUUGAAGUCCUAAACGGAUAUCGUGAAGCUGUAGAAAAGUUAGAAGAACUUAAGCUUUCAUUGGUAAGAGUUGUUGGGGCAUUAAAAGACAUUGACUCUCAAAAUAUGAAGUUAAAGGAUGAAUUGUCUCUCACAAAAGCGAAGCUGGAGGAAACUGAAAAGAAAUUUGAAGGGCUUGAACUUGAUCACAAGAAAUUGCAACAGCAGAGUGCCGAAGCAGAAGACAGAUAUAACACUGAGCUUAAAGCAUUGCAAGAGGCAUUGCAAGCUCACGAAUUGAAUAGCAGGGAGCAUGUUAAGGUUAAGGAGUCAUUUGACAGACUUAGCCUCGAGUUUGAAAGCUCAAAGAAAAAGAUGGGAGAGCUUGAGCAAGAGCUUGAAGAAGCACUCACGACCAGAGCUUCAGAGCUUUCUAAAGUUCAAGGAGAGUUAGAGAUCUCAAAAUCACAAGUGCAAGAUAUUGAGAAGAAACUUGCAUCAAAAGAAGCUCUUAAUAGAUGA